UAGUUCUUCGUGCUGUGCCGAUUUCAUUGAUUCCUUUGCCACGAUUAUAACCUUCAAAGAUGACGAUGGACGCACUGCAACUAGCAAACACUGCCUUUGCAGUUGAUAUGUUCAAAAAACUCUGUGAGAAGGACAAAACAGCAAAUAUCAUUUUUGCUCCACUGUGUACAUCAACUUCUCUGGCUCUGGCAUAUAAAGCAACAAAAGGUGACACUGCAAACCAAAUGAAAGAGGUACUCCAUUUACAAGACGUCAAAGAUGUUUCUUUUGGGUUCCAAACAGUAACUUCAGAUGUUUCCAAACUCUGUUCUUUCUUUGCCCUGAAAAUGGUCAAACGGCUCUUUGUAGAAAAGUCUCUUAAUCCUACGACAGACUUUGUCAACUCCACAAAAAGGCCUUUUCCAUCUGAACUGGAAUUAGUGGAGUUCAAAGAAAAAACUGAGGAGACGCGACAGAAGAUCAAUAAAUCUCUUUCAGAGCUCACUGAUGGUAAAAUGGAGAAUGUUGUGGAUGAGGGGAGUAUAAAUGACCAGACUCAGAUCCUCCUAGUUAAUGCAGCUUAUUUUGUCACAAAUUGGAUGAAGAAGUUCCCAGAGGCAGAGAUCAAAGAAUGUCCUUUUAAAAUUAACAAGACUGAAACUAAACCAGUGCAAAUGAUGAAUCUUGAAGCCACUUUCUGCCUUGGCUAUGUAAAAGAAUUGAAAGUUGCAAUCCUUGAGCUUCCAUGCCUUAACAAACAUAUAAGCAUGCUCAUUCUGCUGCCAAAAGAGAUUGAAGAUGAGACAACUGGCUUGGAACAGCUGGAAAAAGCACUUACACCUGAGACAUUAUUACAGUGGACCAAUCCCAGCAUGAUGGCCAACACCAAAGUGAAUGUAUUUCUUCCGAAGUUUAACAUAGAAGGUGACUAUGACCUGAAGCCACUUCUGGAAAGUCUGGGCAUGACAAACAUCUUUAAUGAGACUGCAUCUGAUUUUUCUGAAAUGUGUGAGACUAAAGGUGUUGUUUUGUCAAAGAUCAUCCAUAAAGUCUCUCUGGAAGUAAAUGAACAAGGUGGUGAGUCCCGAGAGGUACCAGGAUACCGGAUUCUGCAACACAAAGAUGAAUUUAAAGCUGACCAUCCAUUUAUCUUCUUAUUUAGGCACAACAAAACUCGCAAUGUGAUUCUUUCAGGCAGAUUCUGUUCUCCUUAAGUGGGGCAUAUUGAUUAAAAAAAAMCCACAAUUACAUUUAUGGUUAUACAUGUUCCUGUAAAGCUUGGCAUGCUGACUAUCAUCUUUGAAAUGAAAUCCAAGAUGUUUAUAUAUCAGCAKUGUAAUACAAUGUACUCU